AUGGCUGAGUGGAUAGUUUGGCUGCUUUCCCUAGUUUGUUUAAAUGGUUGGUUUAGGGCCUGCGUAGUUGUGUCCAGUCUCGGGCCAGCAGCCGUGGCGGUUGUCCCCAGGGACACGCUAACUGGUACGAGGUGGACCAUUGAGGCUGCUGCUCUGGCCGGUUUGAUAGACCGAUACAUCUGGGUGUGGCCCGCGUGGAACACACACAGCAACGAGGGACAGAGUGACAAAGAGUACGCCGCGUGUCAUGUGCGCUACGGAUCCCUGUACCACAAGGACAAGAAGACUGGUCAACCCGUGCUGCAGCUGUGUGCGUGUGUCACGUCCAGUGAGUACAAACUGGACAACUACUGCUUCAUGAAUAACGCCUCGGACAUGGACGACAGCGAAGGAAUACCAAUCAGAGAAUCAGAAUGCCACAUGAAGUACACGGGUCUGGUUGAGAUAGUCAGCGAGACAAAGGCAAUAUCUCUGAUUUCGUCUGGGACCUGGAUAAAGGCUAAGGACAGCGUCCUGUUGGAUGUGGAUGAGGACUUCUAUGGAGUCGAGGCAGCAAUCACUCCUCUGAUCGAUGCCGGGGUCAACAAAAAACCCAUAGAUACAGUAGCCCACUGGGUCAAACGAUUGGUGUGCGCUUCGGACGUACGACAAGAGAGGCAGACGGACUCAUUUUUUAACUACUUAGUACAGACCAUUAUCGAUUUUAGAAUUGUCUGUUCCAUCAAUGAAAAGGCUGAUGACAGUGUGUGCAACAGUCCUGAGAACUUGGUCUCUGCCGUGAGCACCUUGCAACCAAAGUUCUUAGACAACAUUCGAGAGAGAAACUUGGUGCAGCACCUGUGUGACAACGAAAGCGAGGGUGCUCUGAAGGAACUCAUUACAGAACUCUGUAAACUGAACACAGAUCAGCUGAAAGCUUUCGCAGAAGUGGGAAUUUGCCUAUACGAAAGUCCGAAAACCACAGACUUUGACAUCGAACGUAGCAUGCGAGUGUGUUACGGAUACAAUAUUCCAAACAAAACCGUGGUCAUGUUUCACAGCCCGUCCCUCUUGGAAAUAAAACAGAGGACAGAGAAACUGAGGGACAUCCUGACACAGAAACAGUUUGUUCCCGGUGCAGUGACUAUAUGUAGAUCAACUAGAGAUGGCUACACGCCAAGGAAAUUAUUUACCAAAAUUGAGUCAGACAUUAAGCGUGUACUUAGAGAUGCUUUCCCCAGGAUACGAAAGGAUUCGUUUUAUUAUGACGAGGACCUGUUAGGAGGACCUGAUGGAUGGCAUGGCAGGCACUGAAGUCUUGUUAAAACAAAAUAUAGACAAUCAGAACCAAUAAUUAUAAAUAAAUUUCUUUAAAAAAAAUGUCAUCAUAUUUAAAGGAUUUUGACAAAUAAAUCAAAAUAAUAAUAAUAUAGUAAAUAAGGUCCUGUAGUUAAUGCGUCUGCGUGCGUGCA